GGCGGCGGCUGAGAGGGGGCUGCGGUUCGCGGCGCGAAUCCUGCCGUUCUGUGCGCGCGGCUCGCUGCUCCGGAGAGGCGCCCGCAGUCCCGGGCGGCGCGCACCGUCUGGCCGGCGCUCCGAGCGGUGCCUCCUCCCCGAGACUCCUUGCACCUCUUCAGCUCAAAGAUUUUCUAAUACAAUGGCAACCCCACGUGGGAGAACAAAGAAAAAGGCAUCUUUUGACCAGUCUCCAGAUAGCCUUCCUUUGAGGAGCUCCGGUAGGCAGGCAAAGAAAAAGGCAACAGAGACAACAGAUGAGGAUGAAGACACUGGGUCAGAGAAAAAGUAUAGAAAAUGUGAAAAAGCUGGCUGUACUGCAGCGUGUCCGGUGUGUUUUGCAAGUGCUUCUGAAAGAUGUGCCAAAAAUGGCUACACAUCCCGAUGGUAUCACCUGUCCUGUGGGGAGCACUUCUGCAAUGAGUGUUUUGACCAUUACUACAGAAGCCAUAAGGAUGGAUAUGACAAAUAUACUACAUGGAAAAAAAUAUGGACUAGCAAUGGCAAAACUGAACCUAGUCCCAAAGCUUUCAUGGCGGACCAACAACUGCCUUACUGGGUUCAGUGUACAAAACCUGAGUGUAGGAAAUGGAGGCAACUUACAAAGGAAAUGCAGCUUACGCCACAGAUAGCAAGGACUUAUCGAUGUGGUAUGAAGCCAAAUACUACUGUUAAGAUCGAGACCUCAGAUUAUUGUUCACUCCCAGAGGAUCUAAGGGUGUCGGAGGUCUCUGACCAUUGGUGGUACUCCAUGCUCAUCCUCCCGCCUUUGCUGAAAGAUAGUGUGGCGGCGCCCCUGCUCUCUGCCUACUACCCCGACUGCGUGGGUAUGAGCCCCUCGUGUACCAGCACCAGACGCACGGCAGCCGGCGACGUCAGCCCCGGGAAGCUGGAACCCUCCAAGGUGGCCCCCAGUGCACUCGUUCCAGGCAUGAACCGCUAUUUCCAGCCUUUCUAUCAGCCAAACGAGUGUGGGAAAGCCCUCUGCGUGAGGCCUGAUGUGAUGGAGCUGGAUGAGCUCUAUGAGUUCCCAGAGUACUCCCGAGACCCCACCAUGUACCUGGCUUUGAGAAACCUCAUCCUGGCGUUGUGGUACACUAACUGCAAGGAAGCGCUUACUCCUCAGAAAUGUAUCCCUCACAUCAUUGUCCGGGGUCUUGUGCGCAUUCGAUGUGUUCAGGAGGUGGAAAGGAUACUUUAUUUUAUGACAAGAAAAGGUCUGAUCAACACGGGAGUUCUGAGUGUCGGCAGCGACCAGCGUCUUCUUCCUAAAGAUUACCACCACAAAUCGGUCAUCAUUGCUGGGGCUGGUCCAGCAGGAUUAGCAGCGGCUCGGCAACUACAUAACUUUGGAAUUAAGGUGACUGUCCUAGAAGCCAAAGACAGAAUUGGUGGCCGAGUAUGGGAUGAUAAAUCUUUUAAAGGUGUCACCGUCGGAAGAGGAGCCCAGAUUGUCAAUGGCUGUAUCAACAACCCAGUAGCAUUGAUGUGUGAGCAACUUGGCAUCAGCAUGCAUAAAUUUGGAGAAAGAUGUGACUUAAUUCAGGAAGGUGGAAGAAUAACUGACCCCACUAUUGACAAGCGCAUGGAUUUUCAUUUUAAUGCUCUCUUGGAUGUUGUCUCUGAGUGGAGGAAGGAUAAGACUCAGCUCCAAGAUGUCCCUUUAGGAGAAAAGAUAGAAGAGAUCUACAAAGCUUUUAUUAAGGAAUCUGGGAUCCAGUUCAGUGAGCUGGAAGAACAGGUGCUUCAGUUUCAUCUCAGUAACCUGGAAUACGCCUGUGGCAGCAGCCUCCGUCAGGUAUCUGCUCGCUCCUGGGACCACAAUGAAUUCUUUGCACAGUUUGCUGGGGAUCACACUCUCCUAACUCCAGGGUACUCUGCAAUAGUUGAAAAACUGGCUGAAGGACUAGACAUUCGGCUCAAAUCUCCAGUACAGAGUAUUGAUUAUUCUGGAGAAGAAGUACAAGUUACCACUAUGGAUGGCACAAGGUAUACAGCACAAAAGGUGUUAGUCACUGUACCUCUGGCCCUACUGCAGAAAGGAGCCAUUCAGUUUACUCCACCUUUAUCAGAGAAGAAGAUGAAGGCUAUCAACAGUUUAGGUGCAGGAAUCAUCGAAAAGAUUGCCUUGCAAUUUCCUUAUAGAUUUUGGGACGGUAAAGUUCAAGGGGCUGACUUUUUUGGUCAUGUCCCUCCUAGUGCCAGCAAGCGAGGGCUUUUCGCUGUAUUCUAUGACAUGGAUCCCCAGAAGAAACACAGCGUGUUGAUGUCAGUGAUUGCUGGGGAAGCGGUGGCAUCCGUUAAGAACCUGGAUGAUAAACAGGUCUUGCAGCAGUGCCUGGCUACCCUGAGGGAACUGUUCAAGGAGCAGGAAGUCCCAGAUCCCACAAAGUAUUUUGUCACGCGGUGGAGCUCAGACCCAUGGAUCCAGAUGGCAUACAGUUUUGUGAGGACAGGGGGAAGUGGUGAGGCCUAUGAUAUCAUUGCUGAAGAAAUACAAGGAACAAUUUUUUUUGCUGGUGAGGCAACAAACAGGCAUUUUCCACAGACUGUUACAGGGGCAUAUUUGAGUGGUGUUCGAGAAGCAAGCAAGAUUGCAGCAUUUUAAUAGCAAUUUGUUCGGACCCAGCUUUCUUCUGAACCCCAAAUGGUAAAGUUUGAAACCCAUGUUAAACCUGUUUCUUUAAACAAACAAAUGAGAGCUCUCUGGAUAGCAAAACUGAAUUGUUUCUAAGGUGAUACAAUGUAAACACAUUUCACCUCUCUGAAAGCACUAGCCCCAAGGAUACUUGUAAGCACUCAUAAUUCCAUUGCAUUUUCCACUUAACAGGUCUGACUAGUGCUAAAAGUCUUCUGGAUUUCAGAAGAGUAAGGCAGAAUAACCUUAAAUUAAGACUAUAUUAUUGUUUCUGUGGUUGGAGGUUCCCUUUAGGUUUGACAUUUUGUUUGGCUUAUAAGUUUUCACACAUUGAGAAACCAGGUCAAACAAGCAGGAAUCAUUAAGAAACCAGAUAAAGCGAAGUGUUUUACGUCUGUGACAAUUCAUCAGUAUCUUUACCAAUGAGCCUUAAGAUUUUUAUAUAGCUCCAAUAUUGAGCUUUUUACUUAAAAUUUAGAUAAAAUCCUUGUUUUUUGAUACAGUACAAAUUGCUUCAGUCAAAGGUAAAGUGAAGCUUCUAUUUUACAUUGUACGUAUUUCUUCCCAUUGGAUAUUCAAAAGGGAUUUAAAUUUAAGUAUCUUUUGUGAUAAAUCAUUUUAAUUUGUACAGUCAUUGGCAAAACAAAAUUUUCAAUCCCUUAAACAGAGUAUAGGUAUCAUAUCAUUAAGAAUUAUAUAGUGAUAGUGCGGUCUUCACACUGGAUAAUAGAAUAUGGCUAUUUUUCCUAAAGCCAAAUGUGGGUAGGUGGCACACUUUAAAAUCCUUAACUUGGACAACCACUAAUAAAAAGAUCUUGUCAAAAUUUAACAAAACUCCUCUCCCCUCUUAAAAUAAUGGAUUCACUCUCCAGGAAUAUUUUUUGCAGAAUUAUGUUUACAGUAUUCCAUAGGCAGGUCCCAUUGGAAAACUGCAGAAAAAUUUAAGAUAUCCCCUGGCAAAUGUUACAUUUUAUAAGCCAUAUCUUAAAAGCCUGAGAACAUGGCACACAUUUAGUUUUUCCUUUUUUCUCUCAUAACAAAAAAAUUGUUUAGUGUGUCAUUUAAAAUAAACAGUUUCAGGGGCUUCAGGGCACUUCUUUUGCCAAGAAACCUGAAUGAAACUUCAGUUUAUAGGUUAGAAAUAUGGGUAAUUUAAGUGCUUUUGUUUAAAGUAUUUAAACAACUCUUUCAAUUGCAUUAUUCUACUUUGAAAAAAAACUCAUAUUUUAAGGCCACUUUCAAAAUAUUAGGUUUCAAAAAUUUAAGUUAGCUUAUAAAUAGAAAUAAGCAAACAGUGUACAGUGAAAUUUAGACAGGUUAGAUGCCCCCCACCCCUCCACCACCAAAUUAUGAUUCAAACAAAAGAAAGCAAAUAGACUUAUAUUAGUUUUGAACUUAAGAGGAAAAUGUUAAUAUUUAUAAGUUAUUUGAUGAGACUCAUUGGUACUGAUUGGGAAGUAUUCUGCUUUAAAGUGUUAGGUAUUAAAAUGUUUAUAAUAGUGUAUGUUAAGUGAUAAAUGCAAAAUGUCAUGUUAAGUUUAAAAUGGUUCACAGUGAAUUAUUACUUUGGUCUCUGGGCACUUAAACCUGUACUGUGCUACAGGCAAACUAGAAAAAACCUACUUAAAGUAUGGUAAAUGUGUACUUAAAAAAAAAAAAACCUGUCUCAAGUGACAUACUUUGACACUUUGUUCUUUAAGGAACCAUGGUACUUUUAUUCUUGUUAAUUUGAGUACGUUUUUCAAUGUUGUAUGAAGACUUUUGUAAUUAAGUACCAGUGAGUACAUAAAUUCAUCAAUGUUUUAAAUACAGAGCAUGAACAGCUGGUUGUGUAAAACUGCUUAAUAAAAACUAGUCUUUUUUCAAAUCCA